AUGGAUUUCCUCGAUAUGGUGCUCCAAGAGAGGCAUAUUCUAAAUCGGAAAGACUAUCCACUGCAAAACAGGAUUUUCGGAACUGCAAUACGAGCUAACCUGAUCAUAGCUGAUGCCGUGAUUCGAAUACCGCUCCUUACUAUCCAAACCAGCCAAGAAAUCAAUCAACAGCUUGAUCGAAUAAUCUCGAUCGAUCAGAAGAAGAAAGGAAUGGCCGCGAAUUUUCGAGCGGCAUGCUCCUUACCUGUAAAUGAAAAGGCUAUCCAAACUGAGACGUUCACGCUAGAAUGCUACUAG